AUGGCUUCUGGUAUGCCACCUGUCCCGGCUAAGGACGAUGUAAACGCAACAUGGAAGUACCUCGAAGCCGGUGUCGACAAGAUUAUGACCAACCUGCGCGAAGGUGUUGACAUGAAGACGUAUAUGGGCCUCUACACCGCCAUCCACAACUUCUGUACCGCCCAAAAGGCCGUGGCCGGCUCGUCGUUCCACGCCGCCAAUAACCGUGGAGGUGCCCAUCUUCUCGGAGAAGACCUCUACCAACACUUGAUCGAAUACCUGAAGGCGCAUCUCGCUGAGGUGCAGGCAGCUUCACGGCAACAUGUUGACGAAGCGCUUCUCCACUUCUAUAUCAAGGAGUGGAACCGCUACACAACAGCUGGCCAGUACAACAACCAUUUGUUCCGGUACUUGAACCGCCAUUGGGUCAAGCGCGAGAUGGAUGAGGGCAAGAAACACAUCUACGACAUCUAUACACUUCACUUGGUGCGAUGGAAGGAGGACAUGUUCACAGGCAGCCAGGAGAGCGUCAUGCGCUCAGUACUCAAGUUGGUCGAGAAGCAGCGAAACGGUGAGACUAUAGAACAGUCCCAGAUUAAGUCAGUCGUUGACUCCUUCGUAUCGCUGGGUCUGGAUGAGGCCGAUAGUUCCAAGUCGACACUGGAUGUUUACAAGGAAUACUUUGAAAAGCCCUUCCUGGAGGCCACCGCGCAGUACUACGACAAUGAGUCCAAGCAAUUUUUGGCGGAGAACAGUGUGGUCGAAUACAUGAAGAAGGCAGAAAUCCGUCUGGAAGAGGAAAAGGAGCGUGUACCGCUGUACUUGCUCAACGAGAUUAUGUCACCUCUGAUGCGGACGUGCGAGCAGUCGCUCAUCACCAGCCAUUCGCAAGCUCUCCGUGAGGAAUUCCAGAUCCUUCUUGAUCACGACAAGGAGGAGGACUUGGGCCGCAUGUACAAGCUCCUCGCUCGUAUUCCUGAGGGUCUUGAUCCUCUGCGCCUGCGUUUCGAGAACCACGUCCGCAAGGCGGGUCUAGCUGCAGUUGACAAGAUUGCGCAAGACGGAGACAAUUUGGAGCCCAAAGUAUACGUCGAAGCCCUCCUUGAGGUCCACACGCAGUACCAAGCACUCGUCAACAAGGCUUUCAACGGAGAGUCAGAGUUUGUUCGCUCGUUGGAUAACGCCUGCCGAGAGUUCGUCAACAGGAACAAGAUCUGCAAGUCGGGCUCCAACAAGUCGCCUGAGCUUCUUGCAAAGUAUACCGAUACUCUGCUGAAGCGCUCCAACGCUAAGAUGAGUGAGGAGGACGACAUGGAGAAGCUCCUGACACAAAUCAUGACUGUCUUCAAAUACAUCGAAGACAAGGAUGUAUUCCAAAAGUUCUACUCACGUAUGUUGGCCAAGCGUCUAGUCCAGACCACUUCCGCAUCCGAUGACGCCGAGACGAGCAUGAUUUCAAAGCUGAAGGAGGCUUGUGGUUUCGAAUACACCAACAAGCUCCAGCGCAUGUUCCAAGAUAUGCAGAUCUCCAAGGACUUGAAUACUGCCUUUAAGGAAUGGCAGUCGAACAACUUGGACGAUUCAGACCUCAAGACUAGCGUCGACGCCUCAUACCACAUCCUCGGUACUGGUUUCUGGCCUUUGAACCCACCCACCACACCGUUCACCCCGCCGCAACUCAUCGUCCAGACCUACGACCGCUUCGCCCGCUUCUACAACCACAAGCACCAAGGUCGCAAGCUUACCUGGUUAUGGCAGUUGUGCAAGGGUGAGGUCAAAGCCAACUACUGCAAGGUUGCGAACCUGAAGACAUCCCCAACCUUCCAGGUCUCGACCUACCAGAUGGCCAUCAUGUUGCUGUUUAACGAUAGCGACACUGUCUCUUACGACGAUAUUGCUGAGUCCACCAAAUUGAACAAGGAGACUCUUGACCCUAGCUUGGGUGUCUUCAUCAAGGCCAAGGUUCUCCUCGCUCAGCCUGAGGGCGCGAAACCGGAGUCUGGUACUUCCUACAAGCUCAACACCGGAUUUAAGACCAAGAAGGUGAAGAUGAAUCUGAACAUUGGUAUCAAGUCUGAGCAGAAGGCCGAGGCCGAGGAUACGCACAAGACGAUUGAAGAGGACCGCAAGCUACUCAUUCAGUCGGCUAUUGUGCGUAUCAUGAAGUCCCGCAAGAAGAUGAAACACCAGCAGCUGGUCUCUGAGACCAUCCAGCAAAUCAAGAAUCGGUUUAUGCCCCGUGUUCCUGAUAUCAAGAAGUGCAUAGACAUCCUGCUCGAGAAGGAGUACUUGGAGCGUCUAGAGGCAGAUGAGCUCGGUUAUCUAGCAUAA